AUGGUGGCAGUUACAGAUUCAUAUACGGAACGGCGUUACACAUUGGUGGCAGUUACAGAUUCUUAUAUGGAACGGUGUUGGCGGAACGGAACUGAAGUGGAGUUAAAAUGCAAACCUGACUUGAUUAAAGCACUUGAUCCUAGCAGUGAAGGACAAGUUACUUGGGCAGAAGGUGAUGAUGGCACAUCAAUUUGGUCAUCACUCGUGAAAGAAAAGAUCCUGAGUGUAAAUAGGCAAUCACUCCAAAAAAUUAACAGGAGUGUCAUUUAUCAAGUGCACACAACUCCUCAAGCCACAAAUGCGGAUGAAGACAGUGUUCUGAAGUACUUUCACCUGACCCAUGAGAAGGGUUUGAUGCAUCCAUAUGCUCUUGGAGGAAGUUCUUGUACACUUCCGCAUCCCCCAACAAUUGCAGCAGCUUCUGCUGAAGGCGAGUGUAAGCCAAGGGAUGAAGAAGCAGAGAGGAUAGCUGGAGAAGCAGCUCAGAAGGCAUUUUGGUCUGCCCUGAGAUCUCUUCAAUUAAAUGAGACAAUGGAGGAAAAGAGUUACAUCACAGAAUUAUUGAAGGUGGAAGAGACCAGACUCCACAAAAUCAAGAAAUGUGGUGGAAGGCCAAAUGAUGAAAAAUUCAACUUGGACUUGACGGAUAUUCCUGGAAAUAUCUUUGGGAACAUGAUGGGGAACUUUGGUCAAGAAGAGAACAGGAUUGUUUCUGGAAUCAACACCCCUUACUUCUUCCUUGGAUCAAGAGAACCUCCAACUCUACAAGACUUGAGUGUGGUGCCAGUACCAAAAAAUGAAGAAGAGUGGAGGUUGGAGAAAGAAGUAGGUGACUGGAACAUGGAUCAUCUUCAGUUUCUCAUCAAAAGGAUUGCAUUUCUUCAGGAAAUUGUGAAGGAUCUCGGAAAGAAAAGGCAAAGGUCAAGGAGUGCUUCCCUGGACAGAGGUGUCCACGUAACAGUACAAGAGGAACUGCAUGAGAGGAAGAAAAAAGCCAGCAGACGUGAUUAUGGUUUGGAAGAGCAGCGGCAGUUUCCUGCAUCUCCUCUUGAUGAAGUCACCUUCCCACCCACCUACCCAGAAGCCUUUAAAUUAACGAAAUGGCCAAACGUUGACGCAAGGGAAAUGAUCAUCAUUGCAAGUAUGAAAUCAACAGUGGAGGAUUGCGCCCUCUGUAAGCUUGUAAUGAACCUCAUCAUGAAUCUACUAAGAUUCCAGAGAGAUGACGUCAUGCUGUUCAACCUUGUCAUGGCCACACAUUAUGCCAUAAAAAAUCGGGUGCAAAUUCUGGCUUCAGCUGAUCUUGGAAAUUGCAACGUGGCCAAUUAUGAGGAAGAAGCUGGACCAGCACCUUGCCAGCUCACUAAAAAGAGACGUGUCGCCAUGGCUUCAUCAUCAGUAAAUGUCAGAAAUGGCAAUGGGGCCAUUAAUGAGGAAGAAGAAGUUGGACCAGCACCUCACCAGCUGAGACAUGUCGCUAUGGACCACAUCAAAAACAAAGGUCCAACAACUUCUAGAAAGUCAAAGAGAUGGACACGUUCUUCCAGUAGUAGCUGGAGCAACAGCAACAGCAAAUUUGACAGCAAAAUCGCCAGCACAAGUGAAAGCAAUGAAGGAAUGGCAAAUGCAUCCAAAAAAGGUGGAGGAGCAGGAGGUGGGAACACAGCGAAUACAUUCCUGCAACACCAUCACACGCCAUAUCUUCACCAGAAUUGGUCAGUGUGUCCAUCCUUUACAAUGCAUUUGCCUUACAAGAUGAAGAAUAAGGGGGCUUUGGAAGGCCACACCCACAUGCAUGAUUUACUUCAAGAUAAGGAACCAAACUACAAUGUGUACUGUGGAACCCUAAUACGCAUGGUUAACAGUGGGAACAACAUGGACUGUGAUGCUGGACCAGGUUAUGAUGUCGAUGAUGACCCCAACAAUGUUACAUUAACCAAUGCGUAUGAAAUACACGCAACUGCUGUCAUAGGAAGGUACAUGGAAGAGAACAACAUGAUCAACACAUACAAAUACGCAAAAUUCAGAUUCUGGUUCCAACAAUUUGUGUUGUGGUCUACUGCUUUGGAACUUGCAAAGCAUGUUCCAUUUCAAGUUCUCAAGAAACUGAACCUGAACCUCUACACCAGCAAGUACUCAUUGAGAUCAUCAGCAACAGCUAGCGCAGCAAUGCUGUAUACCGGGCCUCAUGCCAAAUGCAGUAAAAAUGCUCAAAGCAUUGAGGAAAUUUCCAUGCCUGCGUCAGACAAUUCUUCUGCAUCUGAAAUUUGCCCCGAAAAAAUUCAAUUGGCUGCGUACUUGGAACAGCAAAAGGAAUAUCAAGGAUAUGAAGAUGGAGACACACCACCACCCAAAUUCAACAGUCCAGAUCCCCCCAUAGUGACUGUCAUUCCAAACAUCACCUUGUCUGAUGUUCAAAACGACAAAUACUACAACAUGCACCUAGGUUGUGUGCUGAUCAAUUGGGUCAGCCAAAAUGCCAAGAACGUUCUGUUCCCAAGUGAAAGCACAUACAAUGAAGCAUUAACGGAUUUGAACUUCUUCAAGAGGUUUCCAAUUGCUGAUCCCCCCUUGAUGGACAAGUACCAAAUUGGUAUCAUUUGGUGUGAAGGGAACUUAGGUUUUCAUCCAACGGUUCUAACAAGGAACCAGUCUUCCCAUAAAAAAGAAGGCUACAUCUCUCCUGGAUUUGGUGCUAUAAAAGACUCAGGCGGGAUGAAGAUGAGGAGGAUUCCUAAGAAGCUGUUGGACACAAUUGAUCAGUGUCAUGAUGCUGACUGUCACGAUGAUGAUGGAAACCAAAAUCCAGGUGGUGACAAUAACAAGAAGAAGCGGAAAAUAACAAAGACUCUAGGUAAAAGAGAUGAGAACCUCAUCAAUUGUGAUGAACACAUAUUCUACGCAGCAUUGCACGAAAAGAAUAACAGGAUACAUCCAAUACCUGAAGAAUCAAUGGAAUUGACAACUGAAAUGAGAACCACACAAACUGGACUGGAAGAGGAUACUGAGGAUGCAUCCAAAAAAGCAAAUAUGACUAUUAGUGGGUACCCGGAUGAAGAUAGUCUUCCAUGCUCCAACAGUUUCCUGAACCUCACUCCCCUUCAAGCAUGCCAGACAAAAGAAGUUAGAGUGAUGCUAGAAGACAACUCAGCAGCAGCAAGGGCUCUCAUACAACCUCAGGAUAGGAGUGAAGCGUCCAAAUUGAGUUAUGCAUCUGAUGUUCAACAAGCAAUAAUUCUUUCAACUUACGUUAAUGGCCAAUUCUUGAUGUGGGUGAAGGGGCUCAAGGAAGAAGGGACAAAAAGUAAGAAAGCGCAAGCAAUUUACUACCUCAUGGGAAGAAUGUUCUACCAAAGGAUGUUACUUCAAGUUUAUGCUGCCAACAGGAAAGUGAAUGCAAGUGAAGAAAAAGAUGAUGCAGUAGAUGGCAACAAAAUAGAUGGAGAUGACGCUGAAUUUCUGGAUCAUGAUGACGCGCCUCUGAACAUGAACUUGCACCUAGAGAAGGAAAACUUGCAAAUACCUUUGAACAAACUCAAUGGCAUCAUGGCUUUCUUCAUGCACUAUGCAGAAGCUGUCAGGGACAACAAGAGCAGUUCUGCUGAUAAAGGGAGAGAAAACAAUACUUCAAUGGUAUCAGAAGAAUCCGUCAAGUCACAAAUUAACCUUGCCAUAAGGAAACUGAGAAGAGACAAGAGGAAGAAAAGAAAUUUGGAACAAAAGAAGAAGGACCCAACCUUCAAGAAACCCAUAUACCCUUCUUCAAUAGGAUCUGAGAAAUUGGUUUUUUUGUGCGCAACAGAUACGGAAGUAGAAUCGGAAAUUAUGAAGUGGUACUCCAAUAAUGGAGAUAAGGACAUGAAAAAAUAA